CGUACUUCCCAGAAUCAGAGAUAUCAACGAAGAAGCAGCAGAGGGAGGAAGCGAGGAAGCAGCAGAGGGAGGAAUCAGAACAUCACUAGUUGGCCAGGGACGUCCGAUUCGUUCUUAUCACGGUAACGUAAAGUUGCCGAGUGUUUCCCACUGUUUUGACACAACAGGGAGAUAGAUCUACGACAUCCGCUCAUCAGCUGUGUGUGGUGGUGUGCGGUGUCACGGCGGAUCUCACACCAUGGGCGUACAGUGGUCGUACAGAAGCUUAUGCUGACUCCUCCUUGAUUGGUUGUGAGAGACGUUGCCGGCCUGUAAUUGUGUACAGAAUAAUCUGUACCGCUCACAGUACUAACGCCAAGAUGCCAUAGCCAGUCUUGGUGUAUCUUACACACACAUCAAAUAACAUACCCACAACACUAUGUCUGAAGACAAAGCAAAUCCUGAGACAGGAUACGAAGUGAACGCUGCAUCCCAGGCGCCUCUAACACACUCUCAAGGUGCAGGGACUGGAGGAAGUCAGCUGUUAGGGAAUACGUUGGCUGCCAGUGGGUCCUUGAACAAAGUACCACCUCCUGACAUGGGCGGUGAAGGAGGGGCAGAAGGUGGCGGAGGAGGAGGUGGAAGAUUAGGAGGAGAAGGGGAGGGAGGAAGAGGAGGUGGAGAAGAUUGUGGAGGAAGUGGAAGAUUAGGGGGUGAAGAUGGCGGAGGAGGAAAAGACGUGAGAGAGGGAGGGAGAGGGGGAGAAGAUGGCGGAGGAGAAGGCGAAGGAGGAAGAGAAGCUGGUGGAAAAGGUGGUGGAAGAGGAGGAGAUGACAGAGAAGAUGGUGGUGGGGUGGUUGGAGAUGUUUCCAAUGUCAAUCUGCCCCUACAAUCAAAUACAAAGAUGUCAGAAUCCCAUUCCGUGAUUGACAAGAAUGACACUCAACAUGGUCAGCCCCAAACCCCAACAAAUCUUGGUGGAAUUCACGGGCAACCUCAGCAAACUGGAUCAGGAAUUCACAGGCAACCCCCACAAACUGGACCAGGAAUUCUUGGGCAACCCCCACAAACUGGACCAGGAAUUCACGGGCAACCCCCACAAACUGGACCAGGAUAUUAUGGAUACCCCUCACAAACUGGACCAGGGGGGGCUCCUAUGUGGAUGCCUAUGUAUCCGUUCCCCUAUCAGGGCCCUCAAUACCAGUAUACCCACCCACCCUAUUUCCCCCCGACUAGUUUGCCUUCAAAGGGGGAAUCAUCACAAGAAGCCCCACCCUCGCAGGUCCCCGUUCCACACCCACGUCCUGCAGCGUCACCCUCAUGGGGUGGGGAGACUGGGACCUGGAGUUAUCCCGCGCCUCCCUACCCACAACCCCAUGGUUAUCUCCCACCACACGGCAUCAUGCCCACCCACGCCAUGGGUCAUUACGGUCAAGGGUGGGCACCACCACAUGGAACACAUCCCCCUUGUCCUGGAGGCCCUCCUCAGCCUCAGCCUCAGCCUCAUCCAUCUGGAUCCGCGGAGAGAUCAUCGACACCUUCGUCUGAGAAUGAGGCGGAGCAGGUGUGUAUCGAGGACGAGUUCCGGGUCCUGGUAGAGAACGCCAGUAGCGCAACACAUGCUGACUGCAUACAGAACUUCCUGGAGGCGAAAACUGAGUUGACAGUGGAAACGGUGCUGCCAGCAUCACUCUCCGGGGCGUUCUUGGUGACUUUCAAAGAAAAGCCAGACAUUGGGGAACUAAAGACCCAUUUCAUGAAAAGACCGAUUGAGGAUUCGUGGCUGAAGGUGACGCAAGUGCUGCAGUCUGCCAGUGUGAAGGUCACGUCCCUGAGGCCGGACACCACGGACGACAACAUCAAGUUCUACUUCAUGAACAGACGCAAGAGUGGCGGAGGAGAGGUCAAGGCUGUCACACGCUCCCCAGACCACUCCGGAGCCGUUGUGUACUUCUAUGACCCUGAAGUUGCAAAAAGAGUCUGUGAAAAAAGCCACAAGCUGAACACGCAUGACGUGAUUGUCACCCUCCACCAUGACCUGCUGGACACGUGGGGAGGCAAGGAUGAGUCCUCGCCUGGCACUGCCCAAGCAAGCAGAGGUGCCGCCACACACCGGGGACCUAUACCCAGACAGUCCUCAUGGACGCCUGGCCAAGGCCAUCACCGCAGUGGCGAACAGGAACCAGAAGCCGGAAGCAGGUCCACAAGGUCCACCGAUGGGGGAGCUCAGACAGGCAGAUCAGCUCAUCCUCCACAAGGAACAAACAGGUCAGCUGCUCCUCCACAAGGAACGAACAGGUCAGCUGAUCCUCCACAAGGAACAAACAGCUCAGUGAUCAUUAAGACACUGGACAAUUAUGUGGUGUGCUUCCUGUCGAAAUCUUCUGUCUGUCAGAAAGAAUUUGUGAAGUUUAUUGGGGAAAGUUUACAUGGCAUUGUCAGAUUUAUUCCCCAGCCCAAAGACAGAGUGAUGCUCAUGGUUGAACACACUGGUUCUGUAAAUAAAUUAAGUUCCUGGAAAGCAAGCAUUGGAAGAGACAUUUCAGAAUAUGUCAGUAAAUAUCUGAAAGUUGAAUGUUUGCAUACAUCUGUGCCUGAAUGUUUACUGGAUGAGAUUCUCACAGCAGUCAACCCCAUUCUGAAGAGUAGGGCAGAUUUAGUGAAAUUAUACCAGGGGACAGAGAUGACGGAUCUCAUCAUAUGUGGCACCAGUGGGCUAGUUGAUUCUGUAAAGUUUCAAAUUUCAAAAGUGAAACAAUCAUCAGUCCCUGUUUCACCACCAAGGACUGAGAGCUGCAACUUGAAACCAUUUCAGGCCAACUAUUUACCAUUGUCAAAGUUUGAAGAUAUGUUUCCGAAGGUAAAUACAAGAAUAGACACCCAGAAAGACAUUGUUACAUUUGAAGGGCCCAGCGCUGAUGUUCUUUCUGCAAAAUUAGAAUGUUUGAGAAUUGUUCAAAAUCUAAUAAUUGAAAGAACCCCUUUCAAGACAGAGGAAGCCAUGAAACUUCUGAGAUCACACAAGACAGCAGACUUCAUUCAAAAGAAACUGAAUAGCGUCCGUUGUGUAUGGGGAUGCGGAAACAAGGAGGUUCUGAUCUAUGCGGAAACAGAGGCUGAUGCCAAAAAAGGAAGAAACGUUUUUGAGACGAGUUUAACGGAAUUAACGAUUGCUGUAGACACUGCUACAGAAGCAGUCUUGAGGAAGGCAGAAUGGGGAGAGAAGAGGAGCGGGCUACUGGAGGCUCAUCAGGGGAAGCUGGAGCUGGUCCAGCAGAAGGGGAACCUCCUGAUCUUGUGCACCAGCGAUAUAGGAGGGAGUGUCAGGGAGGAGGUGGAGAAGUUCCUCAGCAUGAACGCAUUACGGUCAAAAUCUCUCCCCCUUGAAGCCUCAACUGCCAAAUUCUUAAAUAUGUUUAAAUCAAAUGAAAUCCGCUUGAUAGAAGGGAAGCUGGAGAAGCAUCAAGUUAAGAUAAUUGUUGAUGAAGGAAUUGUCAGCUGUGAGUUGAAAAUUUCAGGAUAUCAGAAGGGCUUUGCUGACGCGGAGAAACUCCUUAACAAAAUGACGUCUCAAAUAUUUUCUAAACAGCAUAAGAUUGUUCUUCCGGGAAUCGAAGAGUUCUUUGUUAAGGGGAAGGGAAGAGAACUCUUGUCAGCCGUUGAACAAAAUGUGAAGUGCAUCAUUCAACCAAAGGACAUGUCUCCGGAGAAGAAGGAGAAGAAGAAGCGAGAGAUGAGAAGAUGGGAUGUCCCCUCGGGAGGAGUGUUGUCCGUCAUCCUCGGAGACAUGCGGGACCUGGCUGUGGACGCUAUCGUUAACGCUGCCAAUAGGGACUUGCAGCAUGGAGGAGGGGUGGCCAAAGCCAUAGUCGAUAAGGGUGGAAAUGCAAUUGUGAAGUACUGUGACCAGUACAUCAAGGAAAACGGUCCCCUGGUGGAUGCGGAGGCCGUGUGCUCGCCUGCAGGGUCCCUCCCCUGCAAGGUGGUGAUACACGCUGUGGGACCAGUGUGGGCAGGGGGGGACCAAGGGGAGGAGGAGGUCCUGAGAGAGACUGUGGGGAACAUCUUGAAGGUUGCUGAGGCCAACAAUAUACAAUCCAUCGCCAUUCCUGCCAUCAGCUCGGGUAUAUUUGGCUACCCUCUGCAGGAUGCCAUCACUGCUAUCAUGGAGGCCCUUCUCGACAUGUGGCGGCCCGAUCCAGAGGGUUACACCUGCCUUCAACACGUUUAUCUCUGCGACAUCAAGACCGACACAGUGGGCAUGUUCGUGAAAGUCGGGAACAAGCUGUUUGAGAAAGACAGGGGUAGUCAUGGCGACAGUGACAGUGUUGACAGCAGUGAGGAAAGUGUUCUUGAGGAAGAGCCUGUUCAUUAUAGUAACAGUGGAUCGGAGUCGGAGGAUGCUUCAGAUACAGAGUCUACUCGGGGAUCAACAUACGUAGCAAGUGAUGAAGGUGAUACUGACUCCCCGGGUAUCAAUGUUGUCAGCAAGGAACUGGCGUUAGUGAAGGCGGAUGUUCUGGUUAAUCCAGCUCAGUGUGACCUUGACCUUAACUCCGGUGCAGUGUCAAGGUCACUGCUCAAGGCCGCUGGUCCUAAACUACAAGAAGAAUGUGAAAGGAAGUAUGAGGAAGGUAUCAACCUCGGUGAGGUCGCGGUCACAAAGGGAGGUAAUCUGCAGUGCAAGGUGGUCUUCCAUGGAUUGCUGUUGAAAUGGAACAACGGCAAAGGGAAGGCAGAGAAGGUGUUGCGGACCCUCGUGACAGAGUGUCUGACGGAGGCGGACUCCAGUGGUUAUACAUCCAUUGCCUUCCCUGCACUCGGCACAGGGCGACAGGGCUUCCCAGCCGACAUUGCAGCCGACCUCAUGUUCAGCUCCGUCCGGACAUUCCUAGACACCAACUCUGCAUCUCCCCUACAAACUGUGUACUUCGUGGUGCACCCGAGUGAUCGCGCUGUGUUCAAGGCGUUCAAGGCGGAGAGUGAGAGGCCGUAUAGUGAUAGUGACUGGAUGAGCAGCACCCCCAGCCCCUACACCAGGCCUGCCUCCAGGGGCCGUGGGGGGUCCUUCAGGGGCCGCCGGGGGUCCUCCAGGAGGCACCGGACAUUUGGGGGAGGACAGGCACCGGUUCCUCCCAGCCCAGCGAUGGCAGCCCCAGGUGGGGUCCCUGCGUUGAAUAGCCUUUUCGGCGUUUUGAAAGGGAUGCACUCCAGCUCCCCCACCGGAACCAACUAUAAGCUCGGUCCCGUCACAGUUGUCAUUGCUCAAGGUGAUGUCACCAUGGAAACCACAGACUGCAUCGUCAACUGCUGCAAGGAUUCAUGUGACCUCAAUUACAGCGCCAUCUCGAAGGCAAUACUACGGGCAGCAGGACCAGUCAUACAACAGGAGUGCUUCGAGAAGAAACAUUCUAUGACAAAGUAUGGCUACGUCUUGACUUCUGGUGGUAAUCUGAAAUGUAAGAUGGUAGCCCAUUUGAGGGCUCAACAGUCUAACUACGGCUGGACGAAGGUGCUGAGUCAGUGCAUGGACUGGGUGAAUAAGAAGGGCGUCUCAUCCAUGUCAAUACCUGCACUGGGUACAGGCGGACUGAAGCAGUCUCCAGAGAAGAUGGCGAGCGCCAUCUAUGAUGCCAUCAACAAGUACGGCGCCAGCCACCCAGCACCAAGCCUCAGCCAGGUUCGAGUCGUCAUCUUCCAGGACGAGAUGCUGAACGGUUUCAGGACAGUGUUUGCUGGUGGCAGGCCACGUACAUCGUCAUCGCACUCUGCACAGGACAAAAGGGGUCAUCAAGAGGCAAGAAGUAAAAGGUCACAUCGAAGAUCGAAAACGUCACAUCACAAAUCCCCAGAUGACGUCAUUGACACAAGCAACAAACACAUCGAUGACAGCGUGGUCCUCUGCAUCUACACCGACGACAAGAAGAAUGCUGAGGCAGCUAAGCAGAGGAUAACGAUGCUGUGCAAGGAAGAGUUUGAACACAAGGCGCUGUCAAAAUCUUGGAACGAAUUCAUCGGCAAACUGAAAGCCAAGGAGGUGUCCUCUCUGUACCGAAUAGCAGACGACAACGGUGUAGCACUCUCCAAGACAGCACACGGCCUGACUCUGACAGGCAAAGUUCGGCUGGUGUCGGCAGCUUACGACAUCAUCGCGGAGAAGCUGCAGACGUUGCAGAAGAAGUCUCUGAUGCAGAGGGAGGCCAGGACGUUGGCCCAGCUGGUGGAGUGGGUGUACGUGGACGAGAAGGGACGCAGUACGCCAUUCACACCAGGCAUCAACUGUCAACUUGAGAAGGCCCGUAACGAUAAAGUGAAGACACUUGAGAUCGAGGACUUCAAGGGAAGGAAGUACAAGAUCGACCUGGAAGCCAGGUUGGAAUACCCCCCUGACGGAAGCAAGCCUCUGACCAUCAACAGAAUAGAAAAGGGGGCGCCGUCAGGUCUUGGCCGGUACGUGGAGGGCGAGAAGGAGGCGCUAGCUGGCUCCACCACGGUCUACUUCUCCAUCACACCCGAGAGGAACUUCAAGGGGACAGCAGAAGACCUCCACUUCAGGACUGCGGAGUCUCAGUUCUACAGACUGCUGAGUGACCAGGGAGGGAGAUACAAAGUUGUGAAAGUUGAAUACGUGGUGACGCCUGAUCUGGUGAAGCGGUUCAGAUCUGCCCAGGAAUCUCUGAAGAAUUCUCGCGGGGAGAUGAACGCCCAGCCCAUUCUGGCGUUCCAUGGAACAGAUGAGGGAAACAUCAAGAAGAUCUGCGAGAAGGGAUUCCUCAUGCAUGGCGACCCCGGGUUCCAAAUGAAGUCCGGCAACAAGUACGGCAGCGGCGUCUACUUCAGCGAGUACCCUGACUACUCCAUGCAAUACAUCAGAGGCUCCACCAAGCUGCUGCUCUGUAAAGUCAUGCUGGGAAAGACGUACACAAUCUCAAGCUUCUCACAGGGCAGUGUCCAUCCAGGCUACGACUCUCACACAUCGGCAUGCGGCAAGGAGCUUGUCAUCUUCGACACUGCCCGGAUAUUGCCGUCAUACAUUGUCCACUACAAGUAGAACCAGUCCAACUCCAUAUAUGGCAUGCAACUCCAUAUAUGGCAUGGAAACCCUCACACAAUCAUUUCUUGCAUUAACUAUUAAGGGAACACAAGCGUCGUGAGAAUGUCGGGCCCUGGCAAUUGCUUCUGUUUGUAUCCUCAUUUGAAUAAUUACACGUUAUCUGGUCCACAACCAAGGGCGGAUCCAGCACUUUUAAAAGGGAGGGGUCCAAAAUAUCAAAAUUCUCUAAUACAUGUAGUUUACUGCCUACGACAAACCACAUUUGGUUUCCAAACUGGGUGGUGGUGGUUUGAUCCGGACCCCCUGUGGAUCCGCCAAUGACUAAGCACAGAUCUCUAUGUAUUUUGUGCCAAUAUUGAUCAUCAUCUUCAUAAUAGUGAUGUCAUCCUGGUGAUGAUGACAAAGUUUAGGUUUUAAAGUAUUUUUAUGCGUUGAACACCUGCACACAUUAUUUAGACAGCACUGAUAGUAACCUCCUCAUUACUUGAGUGGGUCUUUGCAUUGUUUGUGUGUCAAAGUGGCGCCAUUUUUGUAUCAUGCACCGUAGAUUAUAUGUUCUUAUAUGUUGCCAUGUUGUUUACAUGUUGUAUGUCUGUACACGGACCUAUACAAGUCCGUGGUCCGUACAAUGGCGCCACAGCUCUGGCUUGUUGUGACUGUCAUGAUACAUGUCUGUGUGGUGGAUGUGUGGUAAUCACUGACGUGGCCUGUGUGGCUUCUACAGGUAGGGUCCGUAUACUGGAACUGUGAUAUGAGUGUGAGCGUGGACAUAUUCCUCUUGUCAAUAUGAUCUAUGAACCUGAUAGUGUUUAUCCCCCCCUAGUACACAUGCUUUGCAAAUCCUAUAAAUCUGCACGGCAGUUUACGAAACCGGAUAUCUA